CUCGAAAGCACAGAGAUAACUGAAUUUUCUUCGGUCCUUUCAGAACCAUGCAUCCCGCUAUCGCUAUUUUGCUUGUGUUUGCUGGCUGCUGCUCAAAUGUAAUUUUCCUUGAGCUGCUUGUGAGAGAGGUUCCCAGUUGUGUAAACACCAUUACUUUCUGUCAGUUUCUGUUUAUUGCGGUGGAAGGAUUCAUAUUCACUGCUCAUUUUGGCUUCAAAAAACCUGUUAUUCCCAUCAGCAAUUAUGUGAUGAUGGUGAUAUUUUUCUUCUCAAGCAGUGUUGUAAACAAUUACGCACUUAACUUCAACGUCCCUCUUCCUCUACAUAUGAUCUUCAGAUCAGGGUCUUUAGUGGCCAACUUGGUCUUAGGAAUGAUAAUUCUAAAGAAAAGGUAUAAUCUUUCAAAGUAUUUAUCUGUCCUGAUGAUCACAGUGGGGAUAUGUCUGUGUACAUUAGCCUCAGCGAACAAAUUGGAGUUUAAGUUUUCCUCUGGGGAUCCUUAUACAGACUACAUGUGGUGGUGUGUUGGUAUUGGCCUUCUUGUAAUUGCACUAUUUCUUUCUGCAAGAACAGGAAUCUAUCAGGAACAGAUGUAUGCAGAACAUGGGAAACACCCUAGAGAGGCAUUGUUUUAUGCGCAUGCUUUGCCAUUAGCCGGGUUUCUUCUUUUUUAUGAAGACAUCCUUAGCCAUUUCUCAAUAUUUAACUCUUCUGCUCCUUUGAUUCUACUUGAUUCAAACAUUCAAGUCCCGAAGCUCUGGGCCUAUCUCGCCGGAAACAUCGUCACGCAAUACAUCUGCAUCCGCAGCGUAUAUAUCCUAACGUCAGAGUGCACCUCGUUGACUGUCACCCUGGUUGUUACGCUGCGAAAGUUCACGAGUUUGAUGUUUUCAAUCUUUUACUUCCAAAAUCCCUUCACACUGUAUCAUUGGUGCGGAACGGUGCUGGUAUUUGGUGGCACUUUGAUCUUCGUUGAACUGGCUAAGAAGAUUCGGGAAGCUUUGAUGCCACAGAAGGAGACAAAAGUCGACUGAUUGUCUUUGUGAUGAUACAGAAAGAGGCUUUGCUAUAUUCUGGAAUCAUGCAAUAUGACAAUGAUUUGUGCUGUAGUAUAGUGAGGUCCGGCGGAGAUCCAUAGUAGAUACUCUAUGUUCUCCAGUAGGGGCAAAGAUGGCCUAAUCUAAGCGACUGGUCAUUAUUUGUUGCUGGGGAGACGGGUCUGUCGUCGCCAACAGGCCGGUAUAAGACUAAGAAAUUAUUUUCCUCCACUGUUUUAUCGGACUCAAAAUUACUUUCAUCUUUCUUAUUCUUUAUAAUUUUAUCUUUCUUAUGCCAAGGCGUUAAUGCUUGUAAUCCUGUUAACAAAGGGUCUUAAUGGCGUUAACCGUUAGCCGUACAACGGCGAAAUAAAAUUAGUCGUGAGGCGUAAAAAUUGACAAAUUUGGACACGUAAGUCGUAAAAGAAGUUAACCAUAAAAAGUUUUCCGGUAGCCGCAACAGAAAGAAAUUAAAUUUUAAAGUCAUCAUCACAUUGAGACCCCCCGACUUAACAGGGCACAUCAACUUGGCGUGAUAUUUUUUCUUGUUUUGUUUUGUUUUUCACAUAAGAUACAUGCGAUAUCUGUUAGCAUACUGUACAGAGAACUUAUCUCAACGUUAGAGUUAGAAGUUAAAGGAGAAAGCUUGUGGUCACUAAUAUAUUUGUAGAUAUUCUUCUACACAAAAAGUCAGGCAUACUGUCCAAAUUUUAGGUUUAUCAUGUAUGCCCUUAGGGUUUCCAUCUGAAAUAUUUUUAUGACUGUUGGAUAUUUUUAACUUUUGCGACAAAUUGUGUUGUUAGCUACGAUAAAACAAGGAAACCUUCAGAAAAAGAAAUAUUGAUAUACAAUGAUCUGAAUAAACUAAGCAAAAUUGCAGCGUCAAGGAA